GUUGCCCUCUAGUGUCUGUGGCGCUGUAGCAGUUGUGCUUCCGCCAGCCAACUCAUCUUGGAGCAGUGCUCUGAGGCUAUAGCUACAAUGAUAUUUAUACUUCUUUUAAUUUAUUGUACGUCCUUAGGUACCGCUUUUGAGAUGAGGUCUAUUUAUUGUUCAAUAUCUGACAGCUGCCACUGUGACUUCAAACCAGACAUAAAAGGUUUAGAGUGGGACCUUUACAAAAACCUUUAUGGUCAACAUAUGGCCCAGGAUAUUGUCUCGGAAGCAGUGGUGAAUUUUUUACAGAAUGAAAACCCUGACAGACCAUUAGUGCUGUCUUUCCACGGAGCAUCUGGGACUGGAAAAAGUCUGGUCAGCUCUAUGAUAGGACGACACAUCUACGGCACAGCUAUGGGCAGCCCAUACAUCCAUCAGUUUAUUCCCACCUUACACUUUCCUUCGGCUGACAGGGUGCAACAGUACAGGUCAGAUCUAAAACGCUGGGUCGAGGGAAACCUCACAGCUUGUGCUCGCUCAAUCUUCAUCUUCGAUGAGAUGGAGAAAAUGCCUCCUGAUGUGAUCGAUGUUUUAGAACCACAUUUAGGCCCCUUUCAUGUUCUGUUCCAGACAAACUACCGUAAAGCGAUUUAUAUAUUUAUCAGUACUGUAGGUCAGGAGGUAAUUAACAAAGUUGCGCUGGAGAGCCGUCAGACAGGUAGAGAUCGAGAGGACAUUCUCCCGAAAGAGCUGGAUGACAGUAUUGCUGAUGCGGUGUACAACAACAAGAACAGUGGGUUCUACCACUCCAGAAUAAUUACAGAAAAGCUUAUCACUCGCUUUGUGCCUUUCCUCCCCUUGCUGCGGCGCCACGUGGAGCGCUGUGCCCAGCGGGAGCUCUGCCAGCGUGGGGAGUGUCAGCGGGCAGAUGUGGCAUCAUCAGUAGGGGGCGCCAUGACUUACACACCAAAUGACAGCCAAUACUUCUCCAGCACUGGCUGCAAAUUAGUCCCUGCUAAAGUUAACCUUUUCCUUUGAGGGUCAAAGUGAAAUCCCUUAAGAAUCUUAACAGCAAUUCAGAGCACAGAGCCCUUGAAGAUGGAGCUACAGAGUAAAGUCACCUGCAUUUGGGGACAUUCUCUUAUUUGUAUGUUUCAUAUGGAUGAGUUCUGAUGAAGAGUGAGCAGAGUUUGAUAAAUAACUCUGGUUAGCUCUGGUUUUGCCAUUUUUAAUCAAGCAUGGAUUAAGCCUGUUGCUAGUUAAUAAAAGGACAGAUUCAGAGAGCUGGCCUCAGUUCUCAAGGCCACUGAAACAGCCUAAAACACACUAAGUUUCAGUGUGCAGUUAACUACAAAUCAAGUGCUCUCAGAACUUUAAUGAUUGUUUAUCUCAUCAUGGGAUAUUCAUUUAACAAUGGAACUAAGUGCUGUAUUUCUUAUGCUGACCACAGGGUGGCAGCAGUGCCUACUUGAAGCAAGGUGUUUUUUUUGUUGUUCCACAAUAUCAUUGUAGUUGUUUUUUUUUCUUUCAUUUUUAAAAAUCAUAUUAAAUAUGUAGAUAAUGUAUUAUAGCUUUCUUUUAGUAUUUAAACAGUUAACCAGAUAAAUUCAAAAGUUUUUGUAGCUCUUUCAGUACAAUCUUACAAUGUUAAUAAGAAUGUCUGAAAGUCAGUUCACCCAAAAUUCUGUCAUCAUUUGAAGAGUACAGAUGCGAAAGCUUCUAAGUGCCGUUUGAUAUUUUCUUCUAAAAUGAGCAUUUUUAUCAGGCUCCUAUGCGUAGGUUCAGUAAUUGCAUUUUAAUGGCAAUAAAUAGGUUCUGUUCAUUGCAAUUAAAGUGAAAUAACUGAACAUAAACAUAGGGCCUGAGAAAAAUGCUAAUUUUAGAAGAAAAUUUCAGAUGGCACUUAGAGGCUUUUGCAUCUAACUCUUCAUUUACACACCCUCAUGUCAUUCCAGACCUAUAAGACUUACCCUCUUCUGUGGGAUAUAAAAAACAAGAUAUUUUGCUAAGUGCCUCAGUGAUUAAUCAUGAUUAAUCACAUCCAAAAUAAAAGUUUUGUUUACAUAA